AUGAAGCGAUUAAACGGCGGUGAAGAGAACGGCAGACAUGCUUCAAUGAAGGACGCUGAUGAGACUGUUUGGUGGAAUGAAAUUACCGGCAUGAAGCGGGCUGUGACAAGGAUGGUGAAGCUUGCAGUUUUAACAAUGAUGGAUAUGAAUGUUGAGAAUGUGGAACAAUGCGGUGAUUCUCUCACAAUUGAAGAAGUGGUUGAAGUUACGAACGAUGGAAAAUUGUUAUGGGAUGAGUCACUCAUUGAAAAAUUCGUGAAUAUUAUGGUGGAAGAAGUUAAAGCUAAUAAUCGUAGUGGCACAACAUUUAGUAAAAAUGGUUGGAGUAAUUUAGUCAAACAAAUGAAUGUUCAAACGGGGAGAAAAUUUGGUUUAACCCAACUUCGGAAUAAGUUUAAUGGUUUGAGGAAAAUUUAUACUGAGUUUAAGAAAUUAUUAUCGGAGACUGGCGUGGGAUAUAACAAUGAGACGGGCAUGGUUAUAGUUGAGGAAGAGAGAUGGGACAGGUUGUGCAAGGUUGUUACGAAUGCAAAUAAGUAUAAAAAGUAUGGAUGUAAGCAUUUUGACAAGAUGUCGACUAUAUUUGGGGACACAUAUGCAAAAGGGAUACAUGCCCACCCAUCCACUACAGCACCACCCACAAUCAUUUUGCCCACUCCCAAUGAUGACGAUGAUGAGGAAGAGGGUUGUGAGGUCAGUCCCCCACCUUUACGUAAAGGUAAGAAAGCCAAAAGAGAUGCUUUAUCUCCUGGUAUAGCUGCACUCUUGUCAAACAUGAAUGAGAAUUCUGAGAGGAGAGCUGAGAGAAUGGAAGCUGCAAUAGAGAAAGCAGCUAAAGCAUCUUCUACUUCUACUCGUGUAUCUUCAUGUGAGAAAGGAGAUGAUGAAGCUCUCUCUCCCUCAAAAAAUGAUAGAGAUUAUGAAAUGUUUGAUGCCUCCAUGCUCCUUUUACAAAAAAUACCUGGAAUUGAGAUGGCCCAAUUCGCUAAGGUAUCGAAGUUAUUACAUGAUUCUGAGAAGUGGCAGAAAUUUUUUCUUUCGGCACCUGAGGAUGUAAGAAUUGGUUGGGCAUUGAAUGUUUGA